AUGUUCUGGGCCUUGAGGCUGAUAUCCAGGGGAGCCCUGCACACUGGAAUCUUCCUGCAGCUGCUUGUGGCAGUCAGGCUCCAGACACCUCCCCACCAGGACUUUUGGCUGCUCCCAGACAACGUGACGGUCAAUGCAGGGGACGACGUUGUACUGAAAUGUGGCGUCCGAGCCCGACAAGGGCUCGUGCAGUGGGUGAAAGAUGGUUUCGUGUUGGGCCCCAAUCCUCAGAUCCCAGGGUUCCCCAGAUAUAGCAUGAUAGGAAACCCUGAUCAAGGUGAGUUUCACCUCCACAUUUCUAAGUGUGACAUCACGGAUGAUGCAGAGUUCGAAUGUCAAGUCAGCCGGUCAGAGACCAGCCCUGAGCUCGUCUCCCCUAGAAUCUCAGUCACUGUGCUAGUGCCUCCCAAGGUGAUACAGAUGAAUCCCGAGGCUGGGAGCUUGGUCACCUGGGUUGCUGGAGAGGAGUAUUCGGUCACCUGCACCUCCCAAGACUCUAAACCAGAGGCCGGAAUCAUUUUUCACCAGGACAACUGGCUGGUUCCUAACGUCUUUCCCUACACAAAUCCCGGAUCCCAGGAGAAAUUUGUCAUCACGGAGGCCACAGUCAGGGUGAUUCCCAAGCCCUCUGACAAUGGGAAGCUCCUGGUGUGUGAAGUGAUCCACCCAGCUAUGAAGAAGUCCUUGAAAUCUUCUUUCACUAUGAAUAUUCUGUUUCCCCCUGGCCCUCCUAUCAUUGAGUGGCCCGGCCAGCUCGAGGGGAAGGCCAAAGCUGGACAGGACUUGGAGGUGUCCUGCGUGUCCCGAGGGGGAAACCCUCUGGCUACCCUGCAGUGGCUAAAGAAUGGAAAGGUGAUCUCCACAGUCUGGGAGACUGACCACAAGCAGGCACUGGCCCGAAGCAUCCUGCCUCUGACCAUCCAGUCGGAGGACAACGGGGCCCAGCUCAGCUGUGAGGCCCAGAACAGUGUGUCCAAGGCCCAAGAACACGUGAUCACUCUGCAUAUCACCUUCCCCCCCAGCUCCAUCACCAUCUUGGGUUCCACAAACCUAGAAGAGAACAAGACUGCGUCCUUCUCCUGUUUCACCAAGUCUAGUAACCCGGGAGUCCUUCUGCGCUGGUGGCUGGGGUGGCAGGAGCUCAUCUCCACAGAUGUGACUGUCACUGAUAGCCUGUAUGGUGGCCGAGUAACCAUGUCCAAUGUGACCCACACCGUGAGACGGGCGGACAAUGGGCUGAUGCUGACCUGUGAGGCCUUUAAUGAGGCUUUUGCCAAGGAGACCCUCAAGAAAUCAGUCACCCUCAAUGUGAAAUAUCCCAUCCAGAGACUAUGGAUUGAGAGUUUCCCUAAGGGGGAAAAUUUCAGAGCAGGAAACCAGGUUCGUCUUCUAUGUCUGGCCGUUGGGGGCAACCCAGAGCCCUCCCUCUCCUGGUGCAAGGAUAAGAAGCUUGUGGUGGAGACCAAGUCAGGAAUGGAGCAGAGGUCGAGGAGUGUCGUGGAGAAGUCGGGCAACACCUUCUCCAGAGAGUUGAUCCUAAAGUUGGACCCCAGUGACAACCAGGCAGUCUACACCUGCAAGACCACUUCCAACUGCAAGUCCACCAGUGACCAAGCCUUGGCCUCUACCAAGUUCCACGUGCAGUUCCCUCCCAUCAACGUGACGAUUACAGCCAAUGCCUCCAUCCUGCGCCCCGGAGACUCCAUAAACCUCACUUGCGUUAGCCUCAGCAGUAACCCUCCAGCCAACCUGUUUUGGGAAAAGGAAGGGGAGAGGCUCGAAGCGGUGGCCUUCAGGUACAGGCCGGCCCGGUUCAGGGGCUCUGAGGCAUCGGGGAGCGUUUCUCUUCACGUGUCUUCUGGGGACCACGGGAACAGAGUGACAUGCAGGGCUAACAGCCCCACGCUUCAAGAGACCGUGAGCGCCUUCUAUCGGCUCCGCGUGCUUUACCCUCCCCAGUUCCUGGAGGAUCAGGUCCUCAAAGUGGAAACCCAGGAACACGGGGGAGCCCUGCUCCCCAUCUCUGUGUCUGCUAACCCAGCCCCUGAGUUCUUCAAUUGGAGUUUCCAGGGAAGCAAACUAAGUCCAGAUGGGGGUCCCAGACACCGGAUCCUCUCCGGAGGGGCCCUGAAGCUUUGGAAUUUGACAAGGGGAGAUAGCGGGGAGUACCGGCUGCUCUGUCAGAAUGCGGAGGGCGUCAGCGAAGCCAUCGUAAGACUGGACGUCCACUAUGCCCCCGCCAUCCGCGCCAUUCCCGACGUUACGGAGGUGGAUGUAGGGGCGUCAGCGGAGAUUCUCUGCGUGGUCGAUGCCAGCCCCGUCCUUCCAAGCAUGUUUCGGUGGGAGAGACUGGGAGAGGAAGAACAAGGCAUGGAGGACAUGGAGCAGACAUCACAGGGACUGACAGGACGUCUGCAGAUCCACAAGGCUACUUUGGAGCAGGCUGGGCCGUACCAAUGCAUUGUGGACAACGGGAUACCUCCCCCUGCCCAGGCGGUCACUCAGCUUAUUGUAAGAUUUGCUCCUGAGGUUGAAUACCCUCAACCCCUCACUAAGGUGGCUGCCGCCGGGGACAGGUCCAGCUCAGCCACAUUACACUGCCGGGCUCGAGGUGUCCCUAAUGUUGCCUUCAUCUGGGCCAAGAAUGGGGUUCCUCUGGAUCUACAAGACCCCAGAUACACCGAACAUACCUAUCACCAGGGACCAAUUCAUAGCAGCGUCCUCACCAUCGCCAAUAUCACGGCUGCCCAAGACUAUGCCCUUUUCACCUGCACGGCCACCAACAACCUGGGCACCGACCACACCCACAUCCAGAUCGUCAGCAUCAGUCGCCCGGACCCUCCAAUGGGCCUAAGGGUCAUGAAUAUCACCCACCACUCUGUGGGCUUGGAAUGGAAAGCAGGCUUUGAUGGAGGCCUGGUACAGAGAUUCCGAGUCAGGUAUGAGUCACCAGAGACACCAGGAUACCUGUAUAUGGAUGUCCUCCCACCUCAAGCCACUUCCUUCACUGUGCAUGGUCUUCGACCUUUCACCCUGUAUCAUUUCUCUCUGCUGGCCACCAAUGCCUUGGGGGACAGUGACCUAGCAGAUCGAGGAGCCCGGCUCCCGGUGACCACUGCAGGUGUCGAAGAGUCAUCUGAGAAGACUGAAGACCAGUUCCCUAUAGAACCUGAAUUCCCUCAGUGGUUCCUGCUUCCCAUACUCUUUGCCCUGGGAGUUCUGUUCCUUCUCUCCAAUGCCUCCUGCAUAGGCUAUGUCCUCUGGAGGCAGAAACAUCGUGGGCAGCCCUCAGAUGGAGCCAAAGAGGAAAAGACUGAGGAAGGGUCUGAGACUCGAGCUGGGAAUGAGUAUGAAGAGAGCAGAUGGAGUAGCAGGCACACCCCGAGUACUACGGAGAGUUCAGCAGAGAUGGAACCCUAUUACCAUGCCAUGAAGGACUUCACCCCCCAGUUACCCCCAACACUUGAAGAGGAACCCCAUUAUCGAGGUUUCUGGGGUCAUGAAUAUGAAGAGGUGCCAGGUCCCGGACCCCUGUAUGAUGAAGUUGAAAGGCUGUACCCCCUGUCUGGUGCGUGGGAAGCUCCCUACAAAGUAGCACAAAUGGGAACCUAUCAGCACAGAGAAUGGCCCCACGGAGCAUAUGAGGAGCCAGGGAGGAUUUAUGACCUGGUACCUGAGGACCACCCUGGGGGAGGGCAGCACUACCUGCCCUUUGACCUCCAGGGGGAGUUGGUGUGA